AUGGCCCGCGUGACGGCACCCGCUCUCACGGCCCUGCAGCGCCGGGCUGCAGAGCGCAGCUACCCGCAUCUCGGCAGAACUCGGCACAACAUAGCCACUAACAAGAACAUCGUGCAUGGGCCGGUCCCAGCCCAUUGUGUUGUGACCGGUGGCAGCGGUUUCGUCGGCCAGCGCUUAGUAGAGAUGUUGGUGGAGCGAGGGGCGCAGCGAGUCGUGUCUUUCGACAUUCUGCCCCAGCCGCCCAGUGCCUGGCAGGACUCGCGCAUUGUCUACAUGCAGGGCGACCUUCGCCGCCGUGCAGAUGUGGACCGAGCCGUGGCCGGAGCUGACUGUGUCUGGCAUGUCGGUGCUGCUGUCGGGCCCUUUCAUCCGAGCGAGCUCUACGAGGACGUCAACGUCGGCGGCUGUCGCCAUGUGGUUGAGGCGUGCCUUGCGGCCGGAGUCGGCAAACUCGUCAUGUCUUCCUCGCCGUCAACCCGCUUCGAUGGCUCAGACAUUGAUGGGCUCACGGAACUGGAGCUGCCAAAGUUGCCGCAGAAGUCGUACUUGCAGGAGUACGCAGAGACGAAAGCCAAAGGGGAGCUGGUGAUUACACAGGCCUGCUGCGAGAAACUGCUGACGGUGGCCAUCGCACCACAUCAGGUCUACGGGCCGCGUGAUACGCUCUGGACGCCCAACAUCAUGGAGACAGCUGCGACAGGCAAGCUCCGCGUGUUUGGCAACGGCAGGAACCGGGCCUGCUUCACCUACGUGGACAACUACUGCCACGGGUUAAUCUUGGGGGAGCGCGCCCUGAAGGAGGGCAGCCCGGCCUUGGGUGGCUUCUACAUCUGCACAGAUGCAGACACCCAUCCACACAGUGAGGGCUACGCCUACCUUUGGGAGGAGGUGGAUCGCUUUGCUGUCGGCCUGGGCCUGCCAUCCGUGCUAGAGAAAUUUCACCUGCCUCAGUUCCUGAUGUAUUUCCUGGCCUACAUCUGCAACGUGGUUGGCUUCUGCCUCGGCCGCAAGCUGAAACUGAGUCCAUUCAGUGUGAAGAUGCUGGUGAUGCAUCGAUGGUUUCGCCCGGAAUUGGCCAAGAAGGAUCUGGGCUAUGAGCCCAUCAUCCCCUUCCGCGAGGGCUGGAAUGAUUCCAUCGAUUGGUUCAAACGAGAAUGGCUGCCGAAGUACUUGGAUCGUCAAGUUGCCAGUAGCUAUGGUGUAAUCCAUCGCGGGUCACAAGCCAAGAUCGACGGGCAGAGCAAGAAAAUCGAGUAG